GCAGUAGUUUUCAUCAUCACAACAAAUAUCGAAUUAAUAAACUUGAACAUUGAACUUGUUUCGAUUACAGUUGGAAAGUUUCAACAGAAUGCACGCACAAAAUAUUUUUUUACCAAUUAAGAGAGAACUAUUAGAAUGUUAUGCCUUUUGGAUCGGUAUAUUGGUACUGAAAACAUGUUUAAUGAUUAUUCAAGUAGGACUAUCUCGAGUAUUUUAUAGGGCACCUAGAAACCCUGAAGAUGGAGCUCCGUUUAAAGCCAAAGUUAUAACCCACGAAACCGUUGAGAGAAAUCGAAGGGCACAUCUAAAUGAUUUGGAGAAUAUCCCGUUUUUCAUCGUUAUAUCCUUUUUAUACCUUUUAACAGAUCCUUCAAUUACACCCACCCAAUGGAUUAUCAAGAUUUACGUAAUUUCUAGAAUUCUCUACACAGUGUCAUAUACUGUGAUGAAAUCUAUAAUAAGAAUUCCUAUUUUUGAAAUAGGAUUGUUUACUAAUAUCUACUUAAGCCUAAGCGUCAUUUAUCAUUUUAGUUAGAAGGAAAAUAAUAAGUAUAAUAAUAAAAAAUUUGAUGUUUUA